ACUUCCUGCUCCCUGGCUGUCCAGCGCGGUUCGCGUCGCGCGGCGCCCCCAGGGCUCCUGCCCGCUCCUGCCGCUUGCCCGCGCCCGGAGCCCGGAGCCGCUUCCCUGAAGAACACUUGUCCUCACAGCUCUGCUUCCCAUCACCGCCCCCUGCUCCUCCCCGGCGUCUGCGAUUUUCCCAGGCGCCCGGUGUGAGUGCGGCUUGUGUGUGAGUGCAUGUAUUGGGGUAUUGUGUAGUGGGAGUGUGUUCCCGCGUGUGUGUGCUUAUACGUGUGUGCUUGUGCGUGUGUGUGUGUGUGUGUGUGUGAGCGUGUGUGUGAGCGUGUGUGUGCGUGUGUGUGUGUGUGUGUGUGUGUGUGUGUGUGUGUGUGUGUGUGUGCAUGAGUGUGGGGUGUGUGGGGCUCCAGCGCUCCGCUCACGGCCGCCGCCAGGGAAGGACAGACGGACAGUGCUUCCUCCCAUUGCUAGCAGUUCCCGGGCACCUCGACUCGGCCCGGGCACAAGUGGAGCGCGCCUUGCUGGCCGCUGGCCUCCAGAAGGUCCCACUGCGUCCCCCUUGGGCUGGAUAUGUUCAUGUUCACGUGAAGAUGGAUUUAGUGUACGGUCUCGUGUGGCUGCUGACAGUCCUCCUGGAGGGAAUCUCUGGCCAAGGAGUGUACGCUCCCCCGACAGUUCGGAUUGUGCACUCAGGAUUGGCCUGUAAUAUCGAGGAGGAGCGCUACUCCGAAAGGGUCUAUACCAUCCGGGAAGGAGAAACUCUAGAAUUGACCUGCCUGGUUACUGGACAUCCACGCCCACAGAUCAGGUGGACCAAAACAGCAGGAAGCGCCUCUGACAGAUUCCAAGACUCAAGUGUCUUCAAUGAGACUUUGAGGAUUACAAACAUUCAGAGACACCAAGGAGGCCGAUAUUACUGUAAAGCAGAGAAUGGCUUGGGGUCACCAGCAAUAAAGUCGAUCCGAGUGGAUGUGUACUACUUGGAUGAUCCAGUAGUAACUGUUCAUCAAAGUAUAGGUGAAGCUAAAGAACAAUUUUACUAUGAGAGAACAGUGUUUCUCCGAUGUGUGGCCAAUUCCAACCCCCCUGUGCGCUAUAGCUGGAGACGUGGUCAGGAGGUAUUACUACAAGGAUCUGACAAGGGAGUGGAGAUUUAUGAGCCCUUUUUUACCCAGGGGGAAACGAAGAUCUUAAAGCUAAAGAAUCUUCGCCCUCAAGAUUAUGCUAACUACAGCUGCAUUGCUUCAGUAAGGAACGUGUGUAAUAUUCCAGACAAGAUGGUGUCGUUUAGACUUUCCAAUAAAACUGCUUCUCCGUCAAUUAAGCUCUUGGUGGAUGAUCCUAUAGUUGUAAAUCCUGGAGAGGCCAUAACGUUAGUAUGUGUUACAACUGGAGGAGAGCCUACACCCUCUCUUACCUGGGUCAGGUCCUUCGGGACUCUGCCUGAAAAGAUUGUUUUGAAUGGAGGGACAUUGACCAUACCUGCCAUCACCUCUGAUGACGCUGGUACUUACAGCUGCAUUGCCAAUAAUAAUGUGGGAAACCCUGCAAAAAAGUCCACCAACAUCAUUGUGAGAGCAUUAAAAAAAGGACGAUUUUGGAUCACUCCUGAUCCUUAUCACAAAGAUGACAACAUCCAGAUUGGGCGUGAGGUGAAAAUAUCUUGCCAAGUAGAAGCUGUUCCCUCUGAGGAGUUAACAUUCAGUUGGUUUAAAAAUGGUCGUCCAUUAAGAAGUUCUGAACGGAUGGUUAUUACACAGACUGACCCUGAUGUGUCCCCCGGAACAACAAACUUGGAUAUCAUUGACUUAAAAUUCACAGACUUUGGGACUUACACAUGCGUGGCCUCUCUGAAGGGAGGAGGAAUAUCUGAUAUCAGUAUUGAUGUUAACAUUUCCAGCAGUACAGUUCCACCCAAUCUGACUGUUCCACAGGAAAAAUCACCUUUGGUCACCAGAGAAGGAGACACAAUAGAACUUCAGUGUCAAGUAACUGGGAAACCAAAACCAAUCAUCCUUUGGUCUAGAGCAGAUAAAGAAGUUGCAAUGCCUGAUGGGACAAUGCAAAUGGAAAGUUAUGAUGGGACCCUGAGGAUUGUGAAUGUUUCAAGGGAAAUGUCAGGAAUGUACAGAUGCCAGACCAGCCAGUACAAUGGAUUCAACGUGAAGCCAAGAGAAGCCUUGGUGCAGCUCAUUGUGCAGUGAACUCGUGUUGCAGCUACCAAGGUUCCUCACAUCUAUAACCAAGCUACACUCAUCAUUUGAAUUUCCUUACCCCAGAUAUACAUGUGAAACUCAGAGAGCAAAUUCUGGAAUUAGAGGCUUUAUUUAAUACAUACUUUUCCACAUUCCCCAUCUUUAUAUUUGAUACGAUUACAAAAAACCCCACCAACUAACCAACCAAACAAACAAUUCUAAUGUGAAUUAAAUAUGGUGUUGUAUUAAAUGUGGAAAGAAUUUAGUUCAGUAGUUGCCAAGAAGUUGGCAUAUUAAUAAUUUUAUAUUCUAAAAUCUUUCUCUGAAUCUUUUCUUAAUUCUUGAUUACAAUUUUCAGUUUCAGCAUGAAAACUUUAUCCCAUGCAAGAAAUUCCUACUGUUUUCUCCAUCUCCGGUGUUCUCUUUUCUUCCAUACCCCUGCUGCUAAGUGCUCAUUCAUGUAUGGGGACAAAGACUGUCGAUGGCAAGUGGCAGACCUUUGUUAAAACUGUUUCAGGAAAGUAGUUCCCUUUGCAUUAAAUCCUAAGUCUACCUACACAUGCUUGGUUUGGCAUGGGUGGACACAUAUUUGACACAGAGGUAAAAAUGCAAACUUUUUUUCCUAUAAUAAUUCCCAUGUCUGCAGGGAAUUUUAACUGACCAACAAUGCCUUUUAUCCUUUGUGGAAUUUAUCAUUCAUGUUGCAGUGGAGGUGGAAAGCUCAUUAGCUCAUUAUCCUGAGUACUUCUAAACUUGGUGUUUUGGUCACUUCAUCUCUGUCAUAAAUAUAAUUGAAGCCACAUCUAUAGAUCCCAUUCUUUACCCCCAUUAAGGCAUUACUCAGGUGCCAUGUCUUCCAUGGCACAGUCUGACUUCUCCAGCUGUAUAGUCACAUUUUUUUCACUUGCAGUUUGGUUGAUAAAAGUGAGGUACUCCACACUCAGUUUUUGGCGCACACUGAAAAAGACUAUAGGCAAAUCAGAAUUCAAGUAUGCAGAAAUAUGGCUACAUGGGGUAAAAUUUAAUUCUUGAAAAGAAUUCCAAAUGUUUGUGGUACUCAUCAUACUUAUGCAAGCUUCCAUCACUCUCCCCCUUCUCCCCUCCAUCCUCUACCCUGCCUUGCUUCCCCUCUGCCUCUCACCCAGAGACUGUUUCCUAUGCAAACAAAGGGUGAAAUAAAAUAAUCUUCAGAUAAUCUUCAAGUUUAAAAGUUACUACCAAACUAACCAUCUGACUUAUAUCCAGUGCGUCAAUAACAACAUGUGUUGGUGUGUGUGUGUGUAUGAUAUGCACACGUGUAAUGAUUUCAGGAGUCUCUGAUAUUGCAUGCUUAAAUUAAAACAGAGAACCAAAUGUAUUUGCAAUAAAUUUUUAGUAUAAAAUACUUGAAUAUUAACAGCACAGACAAUUACAUGUACUUGUCUUUGCCAAAUGCAGCAGCUAGAGAAAAUGAAGUACAAGACUGAAAAAAAAUCAGAAUGAGUGCCUGAUGAUCAAUUUUUAAUUUAUAAGAACAUUUUACCAUAAUCAUCCCUAUUGUUUCCUUUCUGAUUAGAUCUCACUUAGACUAAGGAUGGUUACUGAGUGGAACCCUAAAUCCAUGAACUCAUCCAAAUGUCAUUCACAGAGAAUCCUGCAAUUUUCCACUUACUUGUUUUUAAAGAAUGUGAAUCUGUGAUAUUAUUAAAUAUAACUGGUGAGUUCACUCCUGGUGUAACCAAACAUCCACAUAAAUAAAAAGAGAGAAAUAUACAAUAGUGCUUUCAAAGUCAGCUUAAUUGGCUUCAUUUUGGCUCCACAUCUGUCCAUAUGUAGAUAUUUUCUCUGCUUAUCUGAAGAAAAUAAAGUUCACAAAGGAAUAUAAAGAAACUGCUGUCUGCAAGUUAGUGUGCCUUUUUGAAAUGCCAUUUUAUGACAAACUUUAUUUAAAUUUAUAUUUUUUUCAUUAGCAAUUAUUUAUUUUGAAAGGUUUGUAAUGUUUUGUGCCUAAAAGCAUCCUGUUAAAAAAAAAAAAAAAAAAAAAAAAAAAAAAAAAAAAACCUCUGCUUUCCAGUCUUUUAAACACAUGAUACAAAAAGUUUGUAAAGUUUGAGUUUGUUUGGAUAAAACCAUUGUUCAGCAAAGACAUUCUUCGGCUGCCGAAAAGAUUUGGCUUUAAAUUGACCAUUUCAAAAAUACCUUGGACAGCACUUUGAGUCUGGGGAACUCAUUAUUUUCUUGGGCAUAUUUCAGUGUGUGUGUGUGUGUGUGUGUGUGUGUGUGUGUGUGUGUGUGUGUAAGAAAGAGAGAUAGAGAGACAGAAAGUUCAGGCACAAAGGCUGAGAACAACUUAGCUGUUGCUUAUCAGGCAUGCCAUCCAUCUGGUUUGUGUCAACUUCAUAUCUUUGGUUUGGUUUGGUUUGGUUUGGUUUGGUUUGGUUUGGUUUGGUUUGGUUUUGCCACAUCAAGUCUCAUUGGCCUGCAGUUGGGAGACUGGUUGGUUGCCAGUAACCCUAAGGAUCUACCUAUCUCCAUCUUCCCAGGGAAAGGCGUGUGAGAGCCUCCCUGUUCAUCUCUUUUACUGUGGGUUCUGGUGUCAAAUUCAUUUACUCCCUCUUGAACAUCAAGCAUGCUGCCAACCUUAUUUUCCUAGUUCUCAGGCAGUUUUUCUUCAGAAAGUUUCUUUCUCCCUCUUCUUUCUCUUCCCCAUUCUUCAUUCAUCUCCCCUUCCUAUUACCUCUGCAUUUCUCCGCAUUCUCUUCUCCAUCAGUCUCUGACCUUUUCUCCCUCCCCUUUCCUCUUUCUUCCUCACACUACUCCAUACCUUACACACCAACAGUAUAUCCCCAAUCUCAUGUGUACUUAUAUAUAGACAUACAUUUAGGAGAUAUAAUUAAAAUCAAUUAGACUAUAAUUACAAUCCAUUGCUCCUUGUUUGAAAAUAGAACAUACUUGUUACUGUUCCUGUGUAACAAACAGGCUUGAUUUCUGUAAUAGUCAGGAAAAGUUUCCAUCUUUCCAUUUUUUUUUCCUGGCUCUUAAGAAGGAUAUCUGAUCCAUGGUUGUACUUUAAUUAGAUUGUCAUCACAAAUUUUUGGUUUGAGUAUCAUUGAAUAAAUAACCCAAUGUUUAUUAAGAGUUAUAUUUUAUCUAACAUCGAUAUACUUCCUAACAGUGUCAGCUAGAAUCCCAUAAUAAAAAUAUCAAUGAGUCACACACAUACAGAUACACACAGAGACAGUGGGCAUCUGUGCGUGUGGAUAUGUGUGUGUGUGUGUGUGUGUGUGUGUGUGUGUAUUAUUAUUUCUACUAUGUCUAUGUGUGUGUGUGUGUGUGUGUCAUUGAUAAUUUGUGAGUGUGUGUGUGUGUGUGUGUGCGAUAUACACAUCUUUGGCUGAUAUUUGAAUUAAAAAUGUGAGUGCUUUACAUUAUGUAUUUUUCACUUUUCUACUUUUAUUGCUGAGAAGGGACCUACAAAGUUAGGGUUAUGAUUUCAAAAAAUUCAAAUAUAAGCUGAAGUUAAAGCUAGUAAAAAUAAAAUAUAGCCUGACUUCCUUUAAACAAUUCUAUCUCUAGAUAAGUUCAAUAAAGUCACGAUACUCUAGAAUGGCUAAACAUUUUUGCAGGCAGAUGUUAAUUUGGAUUCUCUUUUCCAUAGAAGAGAAUGUUUCAAAUCCCUUUACAAAGCUUUUAAAGGCAAUGGAAACCAAAAUGACAAUAAAUUUACUUAAAGUCAAAUUGCAAACUGCAUCUGAUAGUAUCUUAUCUAUGAUGUUUUGUAUGACUAUUUUAUAUAUUUUCUUAUUUUCUCAAAAUUAGUCAGAAGGGCUAUUUUUUCUCGACCAUCGAAGCUCAGGAUAUUUACAUUGUUUUGAAACUUAAGGUAGUUACAUAAUCUAUGUUGUUAAAUAAUCGAUUUCUUCUGUUCCAAGGUAAUUACAAUAUUGUAUUUUCACUUAAAGCAGUAUAUAAAUCAGACAACUGCAAUAAAUUAUAUCAAUAAAUGUUUACUUUUAAUUAGUUUGCUCAAUAAAUAUUAAUUCAGUCAAUAAAAUUUUAUCAAUUUUUCUGCUAGGCUAUGGGAAUCCCCAUGAGAAUUAAAAGUUAUCUAUACUCUAAUUUAGCAUGUAAAUAGAGAAAAAAAUAAUAAAUCUCAGUGUCCAGACAGAGAGGCUGUGUGCGCACCAAAUAAGGGAUGAUGCAGGCAGUUACACCCUCACGCCCUUGCAUGUCUGCUGUGUGUUUUUACAUCCCUGUCCAUCCAUAUUAGCAGAUGUAGUUAUGCACCAUUAAAACAUUUGCCUUAACCUCUUAUUUUGUUUGCCUUUUUCAGCUAAUCUGUGUGCAAAGUGACUUAAGCCUUUUAGUUAAUUGGGAAGUUGCCUGAGCCACACCUUGCCUAAGAUUUCUAAGAUUUACUAGUGGCGCCCAAUCCACUUGUGUAUCAUUUAAAAGUCUCCAGUGUUUACAACACACAUCAUCCCUCAGCAACUACUAUUUUCCACUUCCAUAAACUUCCCUAAAUGAGUUCCCCCAACUUCUCCAGAGUAAGUUUAAUCAGAGGCUAAAAAUCUAAUUUCAGAAAACAGUCUACCCAUUCGAGAGAGGGCAAAGUAAAGGACAAGGAGAAAAGAGAACUCUCUGAGAGGCAAUGAUCAGUGUCAAUAGAGAGCUCUCAUUAGUCUUUGGCUCCAUGAAUAGCUUCUCUUUGGUGGAUUAUUCAAUGCUCACAGAGCAACAUCUGUACUUCCUGACCCAGCUCUGUGAAUGGCAGGAUGCACAUGUGUGUGAUGCUCUUUUUACAGUGGUAUGUUUGUUCUUAGGAUCAACAAACUUCUCUUCAGACUGCCUCAUCAACACACAGAUGACUUGUUAAAGGAAUUUCUAUAAAUAAGAAGCAAAUUAUCAGUCUUGGUGUAUUAUAUUUCCACACUUUAUAAUCACUUUGGUCUUCAAAACAAUAUAAUAUAUUUCCUUUCUCUGUAUUUGUUAAUAUGUGUAUUGUUUUUGUGUUUAGUGGUGGUGGUGGUGGUGUGAGUGUGUGCAUAUCUUUGUGUAUAUUUGUGUGAGUGUAUCUGCAAGGAUACUAAUCAAAGUAUCGGAGGAGAAAUGAAGGAAAAGUAUAGCACAGAAAUAUUAAGUCUAAAAUUCAAAAUGACAGAAAUGAUGAUAUCAAAGCAAAUACAGAUAUUUGUCCCAGAUGCCCUUUUGAAUAGCAUAAUGUCAAACAGGACCUAUUUGAUAUCAUGCUUUGUGAAGUUCCUUAGAAUUCAAAGGGAACACAAUAUUACUGGGUAGACUUGAGAAAACCAAUUAUCCACGUGCUAGAGAUGGAGGCAGGGCUUGUCACUUUAAUACUAAAGAACAAAGCAAACUUUGUUUAAAAAAAAAAUACCUGUCUUUUUCUAGUUUUAUAUGGAAGACAAAAUCCAUUCCCCAGGAAAUAAGGAGUACUGUGUCUUUUUCUCCCUCUCUAAUAUUUAAAAUUGUGCGUAUUUUUACAAAUGUGGAAACGUGGACCUCAUAGAUUAGGAAAAUCCUGAUAUGUCAUAAUUCAUCCUUGACUGUCUCCCCCAUUCUCUCUUCUGAUUCUGUAUGUCUUUUGUAGAUGUAGAAUUUAAAAAAAUAAUUAUUGAUUAUUGUAUAUUUGCAAAUUAAUUUAGUAUAUUAGUCAAAAUGUUCUCAGUAGAAAUAAUGCAAAAUAAAGUUCAAUUUAAAUUCCAUUUAAAAUAUUUUAUUAUGUUUAUUUUGAUGUGUGUGAGUGUUUUGCAUAGGAGUAUGUCAGUUAUCGACAUAUGUGACUGGUGCCUAUGAAAAUGAGAAGUCCGAUCACCUCACCUGAAACUGGAGUUAUAAAUAUUUGUCAGUCACCGUGUGGGUCCUGAGAACACAAUGUGAUCUGCUACAGGAGGUUAACCGCUGAGCGUCAGACAGCACCUACAUCCCUAUUUUUAAAUCUACAUAUCUAUUAAUUAAUUCUUCAGACUCUUCAUGCUUGAAGCAUUAGUCUCAGUUCAUAGCCUCUUUGCCUAUUUUCUAACUCUCUUGGCCUCAGUUUGAGAAGCUACCUGAGUUCCGUGGUUCCCAUUACGUCACAGCAAAUCACUAGCACUUAGUUCGGGGUUCACCGUCCUUGCUCUGGGUCCAGAGCUGCAUAAGUUUACUUUUUUCCAGUCUAUCUCCAUUUCGACUGUAGUGUUCAGCUUUCCUGUCUCCAUGAUUUCCACACUUACAUCUACUUUUAGCUACUGUUUGUUUUAUAGACUUUCCUUUGGCGCUUUCCUGAUCAUACUACACGCCAAUUCAAUCAGCAUAAAUAAUUUGAAUCCUCCACUAAAGUAUAUCAUCUUACCUCUAGACUCGAGUCAUCCAAAGAGAAUCACUGACAACAGAAAUGGCAUUUGUGGAGCACUUGAUACCAAAUAUGACAAUAAAUACUUCUCUGAACCAUUUUAUAAAAUGUUUGUUAUUGUCCAGAUACACACCACCUUCUUACUCAGCUGUGUAUAGAUUAAAGUCAAGUUUGGUUUUUUUGGUUUGUUUAUUUUGGUUUGGUUUGGUUUGGUUUGGUUUGGUUUGGUUUGGUUUGGUUUGGUUUUUGUUUUCUAUCUACAAACUAGGUUUACUUAAAGUUGCCUAAGAUGAGGUUUGAUUUUACGAUCUGAAUUUUCCAAUACAAGAAUUCAGUGGCAGACACCGCGUUGUUAUCAGAAAACAAUACAGUAAAUGAUUUAAUGAUGUGAUAAAUCAAUGGUCUGUGGUCACCUGAGAGUUCAGGUUUCCAGGAUGUUUGAGCUGAUUCCCAUUUGGGUCACAGAUGUUGAUUCUAUUGAUCAUUUUAACAUCAAGUCCCGUUUAUUUUAUACAGUUCUUUUUUCACACUAGUAUUCAUCUAAAAGACAUUUCAGGAACACUGAAAUUUAUCUCCGUCUUUGUAUUUUACUUUGCAUUUCAUUUUUCUGAUUUUGUUUUGCAAGCCUGCCAUCAUGAAACAUGAAACAUGAAAAAAAAUCUAAAUUGUAACAUUUUAAAAGGCAAGGAUCUUAAUAUCUAAUGAUAACAAUAUGAAUCAAUAUCUGAUAAAAAAUUACAUUAAAGUGAUGUACCUAGGAAUAUUAUAAAUGAAGUUUAAAUUUGAAAGAAAUAAAAUAAAGGAACAAUUGUAUAUGUGUUCCCUAUUCCUUCUCUAAAUGGUCUGCAAAGUAAAUCCCAUUGCUUGAACUACCAAAUUAUUAUAAUUACUGCAUGAAAUUAUGAUUACUAGACAUAUGUUACUUAUUUUUCAGUUUUUUCACUUUUCUCUUAAUGUAUAUCAGUUUAGCUUCAUGGUGAUAUUUUAAAUUUUCUUGGGAUGUACAGGUUUUUUUGUAAUUUUCUUAAAACUAGAAGUAACCUAUUAAAACUUAACCUUUCUAUAUAACAGGUAAUUAUAAAUAUGUAUUUUUCAAAUCAUUGUUCAUUGUUCACCUGACCCUGAAGAAAGUUUUAAAACUGUGCUAGAGUAUAAAGUUAACAGACUCUAAAUAUGUACUACUGGAAUUUAUGAAAACUCAUUUAGAAGCAUGUUUGAAUGAAGUAUCCUAUAGGAUAGAAGUAACUCCUAGGCUCCGUCGAACCAUUCAACCCCACACCUUACUUCCUCCUCAGCUCAUACGAAGAACAUAGGCACAUUAAUCACUGUCCGGUUGUAAUAAAAACACAAGACUCCAAAGUUCCUACCCCUAUUUCACACAAUUCAGUAUUCACAGCAAGGAAUCUAAGUGUUCGGCCUCACAAUGCAUCACAAGUCACUGUUGCACAGAUAAUGUUCAUAGGCUCUCACUAUUAUAAUAAAACAGUUCACAAACGCUAGAUCCCAUGGAUCAACUUUACAUCCAGUUCAACCAUGUGUUGAUAGAACUUAAACCAUACUUGCUUAGAGAAAAGUGGAUAUUGAUUAGAUUUUAACGAUUGGGAGCAGAGUGCCAGAGAGACCAGUUAAGAUAUCUGGAUUCCAUAAUGCCCAGAGGAAAGAGAAAAGUCAAAUAAGGCACAUAUAAGGAGAAGUCCAAUGGAAAUCAAUAAGGUUUAUGUUUAUUUUUUCUAAAAUUUUCCUA